CGCGCGGGGACCCAGCCCGGCUCGGCAGGCAGCUCUGCGCGCGGCUGGGGUCAUGGUAUACUGAAAAGGCACUCAAUCAAGAGAAAUCUGGGGGAAGCUGGAAACCAUCAAGUUUUUGAGGCCAUACAGGGGGCAGGAAAGAUAGAGAAAAAAAGGUUUAUCAGCGUUUCUUCCUGAACCUGCCUUAGAAAUAACAGCAUAUUUUAAUCAGAGAUUUCUCCGUCUCUCUUCCAUCCCAAUUGGCUGACUGUUCUGCCAUUUGAGGAACCUGCAACACCCAUGAAACCAGCUUCUCCGGUGUUGGCCAGCAGGUGUAGAAAGUGCUCUAUGUUGCUAUGAGGACAGAGUCAUCAGAAAUGACGGAUGUGGAGCCCAUGGUCAGCAACUUUGCAUCAUCAGCAAGGGCAGGCCGCCGGAAUGCUCUACCAGACAUCCAGGGGUCAACGGCCAUCGGCGGAACCUUGGAGUUGCCUUUGAAACUGGAGGCCCUCUCUGUGAAGGAAGAUGUGAAAAAGAAAGAUGAAGAAACAACACAAGACCAAUUGGAAAAGCCCAAAGAUGAAGGAAAAUGAAGGCUCAUAACCUAUCCAAAGUGCUGAAUUUCUGCACAUUGAAAGACUUAGUGGCUCUGCUUUCCUGAGACGUUUGAUCUGGUAGUAACUAUGGUAACGUUGCAGCCCUAAGCAACAUGUGUGUGUUAGAUAAUUUUGUUGUGACGCUACUCACUUGGACUGCAACUGUGAUAUCUAAUGUAGGUUAUUAAAAGGCAGAUUACUUCCGAAUUGUACCCAAGAGAAAGGUUAAGAAUGCAUGGUCACUUAAAUAUAUAUCAUUGUCUAUAACCCCAACAAAACCCAUUGUUCUCUUUUGGAUUUAUUUAGCCAGAUAUAUUUUUAAUGCCAUUUUUAUGGUAAUGGGUAAAUCAUUUCUUGGUAAAUAUAAACCACACACUAUUAAUUUAAAACUUUAUGGAAUUUGUAGGAAAUUACGGCUUUUGGUGAGAAAGGAUGAUAGAAUAGUCAAGAAUGUGUAGACAAAAUGAUGUUUUUAGCUGAAAUGCACCAAUUUUCCUCCCAAACCCUAAAAAGAUUUGGAAAAAUAGUAAAAAGUUUGAUAACCCAAACAUCUCUAGGAAGUUUUUGUCUGGUGUGUUCUGCUUCUCGUCUAUGCGUACUGUGAUUUUUCAUGUGGACUCUUAAAAUGGAACAUUUGUGACAAAUUGUUUAUGUGGAAUAUGCCUAUUAAAUGAAUCUCACUAUCUUCCUUAA